AUGCCACCAAAGAAGAGCCUGCCAGCACGCAGCUCAACGCGAAAGACGCGUCAGUCGGCGCGUCGCAGAGAAGCGGUCGACAAUGACGUCCCCAGUGUCUAUGGCGAGAUGCUGGCAGAAGCGCUGGCCGAGGAACGAGACUCGUCUUCGAGCUUGAGAUCCCCCAAAAGACGCAAGCUCAGUGAGGAGCCAUCCUCCAAGAUCGAACUUGACUCUGAUCUGUUCGGCGCCUCCGAGACGGUCCCGGACGCGGAUACAAACCAGGGUCCUGCCAACGACCAUCCAGAAAAGCUGCAGCAGGUGGUCUACGAUGAUUUCGAAGGCUCAGACGAGUCCGACGUGGAGUUUGAAGAUGUAGAACUGGAGCCGGAGCCGGAGCCGGCCGGAGAGGACGGUGGCGUAAGUGCGGAACCGGAGCAAAAGUCCCUCGAGCUCGAUCUGUCCAAAUCGAGCCUCGAACCGUCAAGACGAGGAAUCCAGCGGCGCAGACCGGUCGGGCCGGCCGAAAGGAAAAUCCGGCUGGAAGUGCACAAAGCGCAUCUGGUUUGUCUUUUGGCCCAUCUAAGCAGUCGGAAUCGCUGGUGUGAGAGUGAGUCGGUGCAGGCUGUCCUGAAGCCUCUCGUGCCUCGCAAAGUCAUCGCACUGCUGCACGUGGAUGAAUCGAAGCCACAAUAUCAGAGAUCACAUUCCUUCAUCAAGGGCAUUGAGGAGGUCUGCACCAUUUGGAGGCAGCAAUGGACCAUCACGGCCAAAGGCAUGCAGCGAGCCUAUUGGAAAGACGACGCCGACGCUGUCAAAGAGAGUGACGACGCCGAAGACCUGCUUGACCUGGAUGAUUUCGAGGCCGCCGCGCAAUCCCGGUCCGGCUCGAGAGAUCUAGGCGCGCAGCUGUUGUGCGCCUUGCUUCGCUCGGUUGCGGUGGACACCAGGCUGGUCUGCUCUCUUCAAGUGCUGCCGUUCUCGGGCGUCGCCAAAGGCCAAACCCCGGAAAAACCGAAGCCGCAAUACUACCAUGCGCCUCCGCAAAAUUACACUCAAAACCCAACCCUGACUCGUCCGGAACGAGCGACGCCGAAAAAGAAGAAAAUCGUCGAGUCCCCCUAUCCCAUCUUCUGGGUCGAAGUCUACUCCCCCUCCACGUCUACAUGGAUUCCGCUGGACCCCAUUGUGCGCAACACCAUCAACAAGCCAAAGACAGGGUUCGAGCCACCAGCGUCGGACCGAUUGAACAGCAUGGUCUAUGUCAUGGCCAUGGAGGAUGACGGCUCCGCCAAGGACGUCACCAGGCGCUACACUCAAUGGUACAAUGCGAAAACCCGGAGACAGCGAGUCGAGAGCACCAAAGGCGGAGAACGGUGGUGGGUGCGCACCCUGGGCCCUCUGCAAAAGCCUUUCAGCGAAGUCAGGGACGAGAUCGAAGAUGCCAGUCUGCUCAUGCGCGCCGAGAGCGAGGCCAUGCCGAGGAACGUGCAGGAUUUCAAGGGCCACCCUGUAUAUGUGCUGGAACGGCAUCUGCGAAUGAACGAGGUGAUCCAUCCGAAGCAUGAAGUCGGCAAAGUUAGUACCGGGUCCGGCAAAAACGCGAAGCUCGAGAGUGUCUUUCGCAGACGUCAUGUCCAUGUCUGCCGGACGGCGGAUGCAUGGUAUCGGCGCGGUCGGGACGUGAAGGAGGGUGAACAGCCACUCAAACGAGUCGUGUCCAAGAGGAGGCGGACGCCCGAAGAUGGCGAAGGUGAUGACGAUGAAGCCAGUGACGGAAUGGCCCUGUACGCGGAAUACCAAACGAGACUCUACGAACCACCGCCGGUGGUGGAUGGCAAGAUCCCCACCAACGCUUAUGGCAAUCUGGAUGUCUAUGUCCCGUCAAUGAUCCCGGCCGGGGCCGUACACAUCCGACACCCUCUUGCUGCCGAGGCUGCUCGUGUUCUCGAGAUCGACUACGCCGACGCCGUGACGGGAUUCUCAUUCAGAGGGCGUCAGGGCACGGCGGUGAUUGAUGGGGCGGUGGUCAGCAUGAACAUGUGCAAUGCCAUGAUCAAUGUGAUUGAAGGCCUGGAGUCUCAAGCGACCGAAGAAACCGAACAGGCCAGAAGCAAGGUUAUUUUGGGACUGUGGAAGAGAUGGUUGACUGCGUUACGAGUCCGGGAGCGAGUCCACCGGGACUAUGGCGACAGAGAAGAAGAUGGAGGGGUGGCCGAGGAUGAUGAUGACGACGGUAGUGGCGGCGGCGGCAGAGGAGAACAUGGCGGCGGGUUCAUGCUUGAAGAGGGCGAGCCAGGCGAGUCAGGCGGACCAGGCGAGGGCAAACUCGAACAGGACACGGAUACAAGACACGUAGCUAUGAUGUCGAACCUCAGGCCUGUCGACCAGCUACUUCCACCGGAAGUGGUUCAUCAGGCCAUUAUUGUUGUCAGGUCUCCCCACGGGCUUCCUCGACGGAGUCCAGGGGUCUCGGGAGUUGAAUCAAGGAAGCAAGCUGGUAUAGACCAGGGGGGAUUUCUCGGCGAGGACGGGGGACAUGAGGUUGAGGGUGAGGAUGGGGGAUUCCUCCUAGAAGACGAGGGGCAUGAGGCUGAGGCUGGGGCUGGGGGAUUUCUCCUCGAAGACGAGGGUCAUGAGGCUAAGGCUGACGCUGAGACUGUGCGAUUUUUCGGUGAGGACAAGAGUCAGCAGCACCCCCUCGACACAAUGGAGGAGGACACCGGCCCUGGCGGCUUUUUUGCAGAAGAGGCCAACAUGGCAUCUCCCCCAGUUCGAUCAAGAACUAGGCUCGUCACCGACCAAGACCAAGACCAAGACAUUGACGCCACGGCUGGCGGGUUUCUUGUUGAGGAUGAAGAGGAAGAGGAAGAGCAAGAGCAAAGCCAGACCGCAGUACAUGCGCAUGCCACAACCAGCACGACCACGACGGGUCAGAGUUCCAAUGCCAAUGUGAAUCCGAAAUCUAAUCCCAAUCCCAAUCUCCUCGGAUCGUCGCGAGAAGUCGCAGAGAAUACGCGAGACCAAGAAGAUCCACCGACGACGAGGACGAAGAUGACGACGACGACAGGACUAGACGAGCGAAAUGCAAAUACACAAGCGAAAGCAGAUCCCAUUGCGAAUGCAGGUGCAGAUUCAAAUGCAAAUGCAGAUGCAGAUGCAGAUGCAGAUGCAGAUGCAAAUGCCAAUGCCAAUGCCAAUGCAGAUGCAGAUGCAGAUACAGGUACAGAUACGGAAGGAGAUACAGACACCCAUCCGCCCCCAAACUCCAGCCCGACAAGCCUACGGUCCCAAUCCCAAUCCCGGUCCAGGUCCCACUCCCAGUCAUCACUGCUCUCGCACGAUCCUGACGAAGAAGACGCCGAGCCGGAAUGGUUGCUCAACAGCCUGGGAGAGAUGGAGUGA